ACCUGAUGGCGAUACCUGUUACUUCUGUUCCUCACUACGAUGUACGUGGACCAAUAUAUCGUGGAGACGCGAUACUCUCGCCCUCUCAAAUGCACGGUCAAACGGUACCGGCAGGAUGUCAACGAACGGCCUGGCUUCAUUCUCAUCUUUGCUCAUGGAACGGGAUUUCAUAAGGAGCAUUGGGAGGUGACAAUUCGAAGGAUCUUUUCUUUAGAUACUCUGCAUUUGAUACGCGAAGCUUGGGCGGUCGACGCGCAGACACACGGAGACGCAGCUGCUUUGAAUGCAGAGGCAAUGGAAGAUCCAGAUUUCAAGUACUCCGUCUGGGACUAUGCUGAAGCCUGCGCCAACGUAUACAAGGCCCAACUCGCGAAUAGGAUCCAGAAAGGCGGAUACAAGGUCAUCCUCGUCGGACACUCAGCUGGAGGCUCUUCAGCAGCACUAGCGACAUCUUUCUUCGACCACAUCCCAUUUGCCGCGCUCGUUCUCGUUGAACCGACAACGUGGCCGGAAGAAUUUACAGAUCCGGAACAUCAAUCACCUAUGGUCGCCGUUGCGGCGGAGGCUAUCUCUCAACGGCGUGAUCACUGGAAGUCUCGGGAAGACGCGAAGAGGUACCUCGCUAAACGUUUCCCGUGGAAUAUAUGGGAUUCGCGUAUCCUUGGUAUUUAUGAACAUGGCUUGCGACUCGAUACAUCGACCGGGGGCGUGACGCUCAAAUGUCCUCCAAGACACGAGGCGUAUCCGUUCGUCCAUAUCCACGAGGCUGUCUUCCCCAUUACGGAGCUGGAGAGGGUGAAGGGAAAGUUGGCUGUGCACUUGGUGUACGGAGAGCGAGAGGAGAUGAUCUCGCGAGAGAAACAAGAAGCUCUGCGGAAAGUAUGCCCGAUUGCAUCUGUGACGAAAAUACCUGAUGUUGGACAUUUGGUGGUUGAAGAAGCUCCGGAUUUACUAGGUGAUGCCAUAUGGAAUAUCUUGCGCAGUACCGACUCUCCAGCGAAGCUGUAAAAAGUUUGUUUUGUCUUGUAGUAUAGACUGUGCGUGUUCUGCUAUGCGUCCGACUGAUACGGCGCCGACCUUCGCGACCUUGCUACUCCAUGACUUUGGUGGCAUGCUCUGCUCACAUGUGCAGCUCGAGGAU